GUAGGGCAACAGAUAAACCUCACUUGCCAAACUGAUGAAUGUAAUCCAGCAGCUGACAUCACUUGGUAUAAAGAAUCAUCACCAGUUAUGGACAGUAACUUUCAUAUUUCUCACACCAUUGGUCAGUUUGACCUGAUCAAGACAACUUCAGUUUUUAUGUAUACUGGAGUGAAAAAUGACAACAUGCAAAAUGUGUUCUGUAAAGCCUCCAAUUGGCCUGGAGUGACAGUGGAAUCAGUCAGCUAUUCAUUAAAUGUCAGAUAUCCACCCCCUGCUAUCCCUCCCCGUAUAACUUCUUCUCCUUCAGGAUUUCAGUACGAUAAUGGGACUAAUGUUACAUUAACCUGCCAACAGUCUGGUGGAAAUCCUGUUUCAACAUUGUCAUGGAACUGCAAAAAUACAGAAAUGUCUAGCAAAAAUAUGAGCAAUUCUACUGAAGCAAUAUCUGUGUUGGAAUUAACAAUAGACGUGUCUUUUAAUGAACAGGAGUGUACCUGCACAGCCAAUCAUACACUUUUUUCAAAGCCAUUAAGUGCCAAGAAGUUACUUACUGUGUUUCGUAAGUAG